AAUUAGAGAAAUUUUCACAUUUUCUACCUAAUCAAAUUGAAGAAUCUCGCAAAAACCCUUUCAACUUUUAAUUUGCUUAUAUAUAUAUACAACUUGUUUCUCAACGGAUUAAGAGUUUGGAGUGGAGUUGUUGUGAAUCGUUGAAAAUGGAAGCUGUUGCUGUAGGCUCUCGGAUUCUUCCCCAAAUCAGUCUUAAUCAGAAUUCUGAAUCGUUGCACCAUCAUGUUAAAUCUAAUCCAUCCUUCGUUAACACAACCAAACUUUCUGUGGAUCGGUGUUCUAGUUCCAGCAACGCAAAAAACUCUGCUUCCGGAGGCUUGUCUUUGAGACUUCCGGUGCAGAGGAAGAUCAUUGUUGGAAGAACACAUUGUUCGACUGGGGUAUGCACAUAUCCUGUGGGCGCUUUUGAGUCGCAUUCUAUCACUGACGAAGAAAAGAUUGGAGUUCUGCUUCUGAAUCUUGGAGGCCCUGACACUCUAAAUGAUGUUCAGCCUUUCCUGUUCAAUUUGUUUGCUGACCCAGAUAUUAUUCGUCUUCCCAGGUUGUUCCGAUUCCUUCAACGCCCUUUGGCACAGUUGAUUUCAGUGUUGAGAGCUCCUAAGAGCAAAGAAGGUUAUGCUUCCAUUGGUGGAGGUUCUCCUUUGCGCAAGAUAACAGACGAGCAGGCAAAUGCGUUGAAAACUGCUCUUGAAGCUAAGGAGGUUUCUGCUGAUGUCUAUGUAGCAAUGCGAUAUUGGCACCCGUUUACGGAGGAAGCUGUUCAUCAGAUUAAGAGAGAUAGGAUUACAAGGCUUGUCGUGUUGCCACUGUAUCCCCAAUACUCUAUUUCAACAACUGGCUCAAGCGUCCGCGUUCUUCAAGAAAUGUUUAGGAAUGAUGCACAUCUGUCGAGAUUACCUGUUGCUGUCAUACAGUCAUGGUAUCAGCGGCAAGGUUAUAUCAGGUCUAUGGCUGACUUGAUCGAGGGGGAGCUACAGAAUUUCUCGAACCCUGAAGAGGUGAUGAUAUUUUUCAGCGCCCACGGAGUUCCUGUCAGCUAUGUUGAGAAUGCUGGUGAUCCGUACCGAGACCAGAUGGAAGAGUGCAUCUUCCUAAUAAUGCAAGAGCUCAAGUCGAGAGGAAUCGGAAAUGAUCAUACUUUGGCUUACCAGAGCCGUGUGGGACCUGUGCAGUGGUUAAAGCCAUACACUGAUGAAGUUCUUGUUGAUCUCGGCAAACAAGGUGUCAAGUCCCUCCUCGCAGUUCCUGUGAGUUUUGUGAGCGAGCACAUAGAAACUCUCGAAGAAAUUGACAUGGAGUACAGAGAAUUGGCUCUUGAAUCAGGCAUUGUGAACUGGGGUCGUGUCCCUGCUCUCAACUGUACGCCAUCGUUCAUCACUGAUCUGGCUGAUGCAGUAAUCGAAGCACUGCCUUCUGCUAUGGCUAUAUCCAACUCCAAUACCACCACCUCAGACAAUGCUGAAAAUGGUUUCGUGGCAUAUGCUGUCAAAAUGAUCUUUGGUUCAAUCUUCGCGUUCCUUCUGCUAUUAUCACCUAAACUGAUGUCUGCGUUCAAGAGUCGCGUUCUGUAGACGACUUCAAUUAACUAAACAAGCGAGGAAGGGAUCAUUCUAACAUGCGUUAGCAGGUUACCCUUUGAAGGACCCUAUGGAUACUCUUAACCAGAUAGCAUAGAAUAGGUUAUAGUGCCUUCUCAUCACUUUGAAAGGUUCUUAUUUUGUUACCCUUUUUCUUGUGGAAAUCAUAAAGGAGAGAUGCUCUGAUCGACUGUUGUUUUUGUUUAUUGAAGGCUGAAGAGAAUAUUAAUUUAGUUGAGUUCAAUACAAUUUAGUUGGAUUCU